AUGGCCCCAAUUCGAGUUGGCCUAAUUGGCCUGUCCACGCCGCAGAGGAACGCGAAUUUCGGAAUAUGGGCUGCUUCAACCCAUCUGUCCGCUUUGCAAAAAUCGCCUGAUCACGAGGAUAUAGCACUUGCAAACUCUACUAUUGAGUUUGCAGAGCGAUCUAUCGCUUUUCAUAAUUUACCAUCGUCAACAAAAGCUUAUGGAAGUGCCGCGGAUCUUGCCAACGAUACAGAUAUAGACCUAGUCGUUGUUUGUGUUCGCGUUCAGCGGCAUUUAGAGCUAGUCAAACCAGCUCUUCUCGGUAGAAAGAAUGUGUUCGUCGAGUGGCCUUUGGCGGCCAACCCUGACGAAGUUGAGUACCUGACAAAGUUAGGUAAGGAGUCUGGCGUUCAAGCUGUCGUGGGACUCCAGAGUAGGGCCGCUCCUAUCACCCUCAAAUGGAAGAAUAUUGUCGCGAGCGGACACAUUGGUCGAAUCCUCACCAGCUUGGUAUGGACACUUGGCCCCAGGACGGGGCUUUACUACCUCGAUAUGAACCGCGGGGGCAACGAGUUUUACAUUAUAUUUGGACACCUCCUCGACAGCUUUAUCACUGUUUUGGGUGAUUUUUCGGAAGUUCAAACUAUAUUGAAAUCCCACUACGAAACAGUGCCUAUAGUGGAUUCUGACGGACAAGUUGUCGAUUUAUUAUAUCGGAAAACGUCUCCCGAUCAUAUACUUGUCCAGGGAAUCACCGAACUCGGCGCAGUGGCGUCUCUCUUAGUCCGUAAACCGCCGGCUACCGCUGAUGGGGUGGGUAUACGCUGGGUUAUUUCUGGUACUUUGGGAGAGAUUAUCGUUACUGGCCCGGGAUUAUGGCACGUCAUGGACAAAGAGGCCCAUAUACAGGUCAAGAUUGGAAAUAAGCCUGUGCAGGACAUUGACUUUCAGUCUUACAGGGUGCCACUCGCGAAUGAGGUUGCUCCUUUUGGUGCUAACGUUGCAUCGCUUUAUGAUGCUAUUGCCAAAGGCGAUAAUACUGAGUAUGCUACGUUUGAAUCCGCUGCAAGGACUCAUCGUCUGCUGGAACGCAUCAGGAAAGCAUCAGGGCCUCCAUUUGCAAGGGAAUAA